GUGGCAGGCACACAGAGAAGCAGAAGCAGAAAAGCUAUCUUAUCUAACCAGGCAGAUAUAAUGAAGUUGUUUCUCAGCAGGGACAAUGAAGGAAUUGUUGGAUGCAAAUUGUAAUAAUACAUCCCAUUUCAAAGGUGCUAAAGAUCCUAGAAGAAUAAAAAUUCAAGUCUUGGACACCUCAAAAUCUUGCCCUCAGAAGCUGUACUUCCUAAUGUCAGACCCGAAGCUCUCGGCAUUCACAGGGUUCUCAGCCUGGCCUGGCUGAUCAAGCCAAGCUUUCCUUUGCUUCAGCAGAAUCUCUGGAAACCAUGUCUGAAGCUGAACUGCCCAUUGGGUUCAACAGAAUGAAUCGCUUUAGGCAAAGCCUGCCAUUGUCUCGUUCCACCAGCCAAACAAAACUUCGAUCACCAGGCAUCCUUUUCCUGCAGUUUGGGGAUGAGACAAGGAGGGUUCAUAUCACCCACGAAAUCAGCAGCAUGGAUACUCUACAUGCCCUCAUUGUUCACAUGUUUCCUCAGAAGUUGACAAUGGGGAUGCUCAAGUCCCCAAACACUGCCAUUCUGAUUAAAGACGAAUCCCGCAAUGUUUUCUAUGAAUUGGAGGAUGUCAGGGAUAUUCAGGACAGAAGUAUUAUCAAAAUUUACCGGAAAGAACCACUUUAUGCCUCAUUCCCUGGAUCCCACAUCACCAAUGGUGACCUUCGGAGAGAGGUGGUCUACACUUCCAGAGAAUCCUCUCCCACCCGGCGCCUAAACAGCAUGUCUCCUGCUUCCCACCUUACUUCUGGCUCUCCUCCUCCAGUGCUCCAAUCAUCCUCACCUUCCCGUUCCCGUAUGUCUUACAGUGGUGGGCGCCCACCCUCCUAUGCUGGCAGUCCUGUGCAUCAUGCAGAGCGCCUCUCCAACCUCCCUCCAGCUCAGGGAGUCUCACCAAGUCCAAGUGCUAUCUUGGAGCGCCGGGAUGUCAAGCCGGAUGAAGACCUGGUGGGAAAAAAUAUGGUUCUGGUGAAGAAUGAAGGCCUGUAUGCUGAUCCAUAUAGUAUGGUGCAUGAGGGACGUUUGAGCAUUACAUCUACUCAGUCACUGGCUGGGAUGGGGGAUCCAUUUGCUUACCCUGGAGGGCUUUAUAAGAGGGGCUCAGUGCGUUCUCUUAGCACCUAUUCAGCUGCUGCCCUACAAUCAGAACUGGAAGAUAGUUUAUAUAAGCCCAAUGCACAGAUCUACAGUGAUACUUACGGCCCAGGGAUGGGCUUCCGUUUGCCACCAUCAUCUCCCCAGAAAAUAGCUGAUGGCCGACUGGUAGAUGUUCAGCAGAGCCAAAGUCCUCACAGCCCUUAUUCAGGGCCUCCAAGUCGAUCCUCACCAGUACGGCAAACUUUCCGCAAGGACUCUUGUUCCUCAGUGUUCAUGGAAAGCCCUGUCAAUAAACCACGGAAUCUCAGUUCUUCAGGUGCUUCAGAACUAUUCCCUGGACCUGGGGAACGACCUCAUUCUGGAUUCAGUUCACCUGUGCCUGCCAAGGAUACCGAAACAAGGGAGCGCAUGGAAGCGAUGGAAAAACAGAUUGCCAGCCUCACAGGAUUGGUUCAGAGUGCAUUAAUGAGAAGCUCAGAUGGAGAGACCCCCAGUGAGAAAACAGAAGGGACCAACGGAGGAACACCUCCAUCAGCACACCCAAGCAAGAGCAAUGUAGGGACUCCAGUUCCUGGACCUCCACCCCCAUCAACUACUGGCACACCAGCUGGGCAGCCCACUGCAAUCACUCGUCUACACAUGCAGCUGCAUCUCCAUGACCUGCAGCAGAAUGCCAGUGAACUCCGCAACCAGCUGCACCAACUCAAGAAGCUGCAGCUUCAAAAUCAAGAAACAGUGAAGACCAUGUUGCGACGGACAGAGACUGAAAUCAGUGUGCGGGUGACCGACACCAUGCGCAAACAAGAAGAUCCCUUACAACGGCAGCGCACUCUGGUUGAAGAGGAACGCCUCCGCUACCUCAAUGAGGAAGAACUCAUAACUCAGCAGCUUAAUGACUUGGAAAAAUCUGUAGAGAAGAUCCAAAAGGAUUUGAUGCAUAAUCACAGAUUCAUUUCCAUACAAGAGCUGGAGGAGAAAUCACUGGUGCUCAAACAGUUGGGAGAUACCUUGACAGAACUGAAGGCUAAUUUUCCCAGCCUGCAGAGCAAAAUGCGCGUAGUUCUCCGUGUAGAGGUAGAGGCUGUGAAGUUCCUCAAAGAAGAGCCACAUCGCCUGGAUGGCUUAUUCAAGCGGUGCAAGGCAGUGACUGACACCCUGACAGAAGUCCGCAAGCAAGUAGAUGAAGGUGUCUGGGAUUCCUCCAGUAACCUUCUCAACCAAUCUCCAAAGAAGGUAGAGCUGGAAAGUGACUUCAGCAGAAGCCUGGAUUUUGAGCUUCCCACCAGCCCUCCGACAAACCUCCAUGACCUAACUUCUUCCACUGACAGCCUAGGCACAAUCAGCUUUGGACCAAGCCAAGGGCAGAGCCACGCAUCCAAAAGUAGCAAUCCAUCCCGGGGGUCAGAGAUGAUUGGUGCCAAGCCCCAAACAGGCUCUGAGACUCCCAGCAAAAAAAGUAUGGACAGAUCAGUGUCUGUGGAGGCUGCAGAACGAGACUGGGAGGAAAAACGUGCAGCCUUGACCCAAUACAGUGCUAAAGACAUUAACCGGCUUCUGGAAGAGACCCAAGCUGAGCUGAUGAAAGCCAUCCCUGAUUUGGAGUUUGCGGCCAAGCACAAGCAGUCUUCCAGCUGUGGUGGCAGUGGAAGCAUUGCCUCUACCCCAGAGCACAAGCCUACCAAACCCCAGCAUGCACAAAAGUCCACAACCAAAAUGGACCCCAAUGGUCGCCGGGGAUCGGAUGAGCUGACGGUGCCCAGAUAUCGUACAGAGAAGCCCUCCAAAUCUCCCCCUCCUCCUCCACCCCGGCGAAGCUUUCCAUCUUCUCAUGGGCUGACAACCACCCGCACAGGAGAGGUGAUCAUCACCAGCAAAAAAGAAUCCAGUUUCAUGAAGAAAGCUGAAUCAGAAGAGCUGGAAACCCAAAAGCCUCAAGUGAAACUGAGAAGAACCGUAUCUGAGGUUGCCAGGCCUGCUUCAACACCCCCCAUCAUUGCUUCUGCCAUCAAAGAUGAUGAUGAGGAGGAUAGGAUCAUUGCUGAACUUGAGGUAUUUCAGAGAAGCUCUUCAUUUAUUCCUAAAUUCCGUUGCGACCAACCUGUGCCAACCACAGACAUGUGGCCCAAUGGGGCCACCGUAACCACCAAAAGAUGGAAGAGUGGUGGCGGUGUCUCGAUUCCAGCCAUGAAGAUGGUCAAUCCAGCAUCACGACUAAAGCAAACCCAGCAAGGCAGCCCAGACAAAAGCAAACACAUAAAGCAACGCAUGGAAUACAUGCGCAUCCAGGGACAACAGCAGGCCGCUAGAUCAACCAAGGACUCUGGCACGGGGAAUGAGACUUCCAGCCCAGUCUCAGAGAAACCUACUUCGGGCAGGACCUCCAUCCCAGUUCUGACUUCCUUUGGGUCACGGAACUCCUCCAUUUCAUUCUAGAAGCUCCUUUGCCAAAUUCUCCGUUGGUAGUUUUUCCUACAUAC